GCUUAUUACGUCACUCUACAGAAACGAAAGUAAGGUGUGUAAGUUUCCUGAUCAGGAUUCAACACAGGACACAAUCUCCAGUUUGAAGCGUUUGCAGUUUUCCUUCAAGGAGCUAAAACCACAGCAGUCAUGGCUUCCUCCAGCAGUGUCCUGUGUGAAGAUCAGCUCCAGUGUCCCAUCUGUCUGGAUGUGUUCACUGAUCCAGUCUCUACUCCGUGUGGACACAACUACUGUAUGAUCUGUCUCAAACAGUUCUGGGACAGCAGUUCACACUGCCAGUGUCCAGUGUGUAAAACCAGUUUCCCAAAGAGACCUGAGUUAUGUGUGAAUACGUUCAUCUCUGCACUUGCUGCUCCAUUUAAGAAGUCAGUUCAGGUGAAAUCCAGCACUGCUACAGAAAAACCCACCCAAUCUCAGGUGUUCUGUGACAUCUGCUGUGAAAAGAAAUGUGCAGCUGUGAAGUCCUGCCUGAUCUGUAUGGCCUCUUACUGCAAGACUCACCUGGAACCUCAUGAAAGAGUUUCUUCAUUAAAGAAACACAAACUGAUCGACCCUGUGGAGAACCUGGAGGACUACAUCUGUCAGAAACAUGAGAGACCCCUGGAGCUGUUCUGUAGAGACGACCAGACGUGUGUGUGUCAGUUCUGUACUGAGGGAGAGCACAAAACUCACAACACUGUUCCUCUAGAGGAGGAGAGCAGAGAGAAGAAGAUCCAGUUGGGAAAAACACAAGUAGAAGUUCAGCAGAUGAUCCAAGAGCGACUGAAGAAGAUUAUGGAAAUCAAACACUCUUUAAAACUCAAUGAAAAAACCACAGAGAAGGAGAAAACAGACUUUGUGGAGAUCUUCAGUAAUCUGAUGAGCUGCAUUGAGAGAAGCCAGGCUGAGCUGUUUAAGGUGAUGGAGGAGAAGCAGAAAGCAGCAGAGAGGCAGGCUGAAGAGUUCAUUAAAGAGCUGGAGCAGGAAAUCACUGAGCUAAAGAGGAGAAACACUGAGCUGGAGCAGCUCUCACACACUGAGGAUCACCUCCACCUCCUACAGAUUUACCCGUCACUGUGCAGCCCUCCACACACCCAGGACUGGACUGAUCUCACAAUUAACACUCAUCUGAAUGUGGAGACUCUGAGGAGAGCUCUGUCUCAGCUUCAGGAAACUCUCAGGGAGGAAAUGGAGGAGAUUCCAGAGAUCAAACUGAAGAGAAUUCAACAAUAUGCAGUGGAUGUGACUCUGGAUCCUGAUACAGCAAAUCCUUAUCUCAUCCUGUCUGAUGAUGGGAAACAAGUUUCAUGUGGAGACACAGAACAGAAUCUCCCUGAUAAUCCAGAGAGGUUUGAUUAUUGUGUCUAUGUGUUGGGAAAUGAGGGAUUCACCUCAGGGAGAUUGUACUAUGAGGUGCAGGUCAGAGGGAAGACUGAGUGGUAUUUAGGAGUGGUCAGAGAGUCUGUUAACAGGAAAGGGCAGAUUACAGACAGCCCUGAGAAUGGAUCUUGGUCUCUGUGGCUGAGGAAUAAUACUGAAUAUGAGGCUCUGGACUCUCCUCCUGUCUCCCUCUCCUUGAAACAGGCUCCUCAGAAGGUGGGGGUGUUUGUGGAUUAUGAGGAGGGUUUGAUCUCCUUCUAUGAUGUUGAUGCAAAAUCUCAUAUCUACUCUUUCACUGGUCAGACUUUCACUGAGAAACUUUAUCCAUUAUUCAGCCCCUGUGAUAGUGAUUCAGCACCACUGAUCAUCUGUCCUGUUAAUCAAAUCUAAUAUACAUUUCUAAAUUCUUCUUUAUUUCUUAAUAAAAAAUGAGAACAAUGUUAGUAUUAUCUUGAUUUCUUUUUGUGACUGAGAUUAAUAAGAACUUUAAUCAAUUAUAAAUAAAUCUGUUUUAAUGUUGGUCUCAUUAAGAUUAUUUUUCAUGUUAACGUGAUAUAAUCCCCAGCCCUAUAACUGACCUUUAAAUUAUAUUCACCAGAAUAUAUGGGUAUAUAGGAAUAUAUAGAAUAUACAGGAUCUAUCUUUUAAAUCUUAUUAAACUUUUGGCCCCCAAAUAAUAUCCUCACUGACUGAACAGUGGAUUCAUCAGUCCUAACUGGGUUCUUGAAUCGCUGUACUUUUUUGUAAUGGUCAAUGUUCUAAAUGUUGUUUAUAUAUAAAAUGAGUAUUAGGACUAAAUAAAUAAAUACUGUUUAUUUAUUUAUUAUUUAAUUUAUUUAUUUUUAGCCUUUGCAUUUAGCUACAUCAGUCCCACACACAACAUGAAUCUAAGUAAAUACUCACUCACUCACUCACUCAUCUUCUACCGCUUAUCCGAACUACCUCGGGUCACGGGGAGCCUGUGCUUAUCUCAGGCGUCAUCGGGCAUCAAGGCAGGAUACACCCUGGACGGAGUGCCAACCCAUCACAGGGCACACACACACUCUCAUUCACUCACGCAAUCACACACUACGGACAAUUUUCCAGAGAUGCCAAUCAACCUACCAUGCAUGUCUUUGGACCGGGGGAGGAAACCAGAGUACCCGGAGGAAACCCCCGAACAUGCAAACUCCACACACACAAGGCGGAGGUGGGAAUCGAACCCCCAACCCUGGAGGUGUGAGGCGAACGUGCUAACCACUAAGCCACCAUGCCCCCCAAUAAGUAAAUAAAUAAAUAAAUAAAUACAUAAAUAAAUACAACUAUAGACAUACUGUAUGUCCUAUAAUGUACAGUUAAUGUUAUUUUAUUAAUAUAAAAUAUCUUCACUGGAAUUAAUGUUUCUCUGUCAUGUUGGUUUUAGAUUUCGUUACAUGUUCUGGUUUUCAUGUCUUUAAUUGUGCAACCUGCCUUUUAUUUUGUGUGUCUUGCUUACUUUGCCCUCAUGUUCUCUGGCCUAGUGUAUGUGGCAUGUUCUGAUUGGUUGUUGUUAGUCAUGUGUUCCUGUUCUCAUUUGUCAUUGGUUCCCUGUAUGUAUUUUACACUAAGUGUUUCCCAUGUUUUUGGUGGGUUGUUAUGUGUUUUCAUGGUUCUCCUCAUGUUUGUUAUUGCCCUUCCCUGGAUUACUUUGUGUUUUUGUUUAAUAAAUCUUCUUCCAGGA